AUGUUUCUUGUGACACGGUGUAGUGCCUCCGUGUCCCUUGAAUCUCUCUCAGUCACACAAAUCGCUGGUCUGUUCUUGGGACUCUACAAUUGCAAUAAGGAGUCCUGUCGAGAGCCUCGACCAUAUUUCUGGGAGCCGCCACAGCAAGGUACACUAACUCAGACCUGCCCUUACCCCUACUCGGCCAGCCAGUGCUACAACCGAUAUGGACUUUGCACCAAGUCCUCCCUCAAUCAGAGUACCUGUACUUUUCGAGCCGUGAACCGCAUACCCAAAAGCGAAGCCGUGCUGGCUAAAAUCCCCUCUGAGCUUCAUGCCACCGUGCACAGGGCACUUUCAUCCCAUGUAACUGAUGAACAACGAUUCCGUGCAUGUCUGUGGCACUCUGGAGGUGCUUGA